AUGUUGGCCGUCAGUAUCUCUCCCAAGAAGAAAAAGGUCGUGCAGGUGAGGCUGCUCAGUGGGGAAGAGAUCAGAGUUCCAGUUGAUGUAAAGUCAAAAUUUCAUGAAGUUUUCAAUGCUGUCGUUAUUCACCUGGGCCUAAGAGAAACUGAAUACUUUGGAUUAUCUCUUUGUAAAGAUGGAGAGUAUCAUUUUGUGAAUUUAGAUGAGAAAAUCCAUAAGCAAGCUCCCAAAGCCUGGAAGUCAGAGAAAGGGGACGGUCUUGAUGACAAAAGGCUUCCAUUGUUGACCGUUUAUUUUCGAGUGCAGUUUUAUGUUGAUGAAGUCUGUUUGCUGAGAGAAAAAGUAACCAGACACUUGUAUUACCUUCAGUUAAAAGAAAAUGUCCUUAACUACAGGCAUUUGUGUAGUGAGGAACGUUGCUUCCAAUUGGCUGCUUUUGCAUUGCAAGCAGACUUUGGGAAUUAUUAUCCUGAGAAGCACCAGCCGGGCAAUUAUUUCGACCCCAGAGAAUAUUUCCCAGCUUGGAUGGUAGGAGAACAUGGUCAAGAAUAUUUGUUCCAGAAUGCUCCUAAAAUGCAUAAGGAACAGCAGGAUGUCACAAAAAAUGAGGCAGAACUUAAGUAUAUACGUGAAUCCAUCAAGUACCCUGCUGCACAUAAUCUACACUUCUAUCGAAUGAAGAAGAAGAAAACAGAUAAAAUAUGGAAUGCAUGGCUUGGUAUUUGCCCCAAAGGUGUAGAAAUUUAUGAGGAAAUGAAAGGCAAUUUUAAAAAUCUUUUAUCAACGUUUCUCUGGCCAGAUAUUGAGAAGUUGUAUUUCGAUAAAAAGAAAUUUGAGAUCCGUUCUGUAGGACGGCCUGAAGGACGCAAAUUUACUUACUACACAGAAAGCGAUGCAAAGUCUAAGUAUAUUCUCUCUAUUUGUCGCAAUACUCACAUGUUUCAUUUAGAAUUGGAACCAAAAUUAAUGGAAAUUCGUCAUCUGCAAGCUGAAGAUAAAAGAAGAUACCGUGAAUCUUAUAUCUACAGUGAUGCACGUGACUUGGUGGUUAAUGGGGGUCUGGUGCCCUAUUGUGCAGCUCCAUCUACCAGUAGUGGCAGGUCGGGGACUGGUGUUGUGCAGCGGUGUUCAGUCAUCAGUGACACAAGCUCAAAUACGACAUCAGGAAUUGUCAGUGAUAAGGUCACUGUCAGUUUUGAUGAAAAUGAUGAUAAUGCUCGUGAAAUUAUUAUUGACAGUCCCCCAAGAGCCAAUGUUUUAGGUACUCCUAAUCAAAGUCGAAACAAGUUUACAAUCCCAACUCGAGAAACUGUUACUAAUUUACAAGAUUAUAUGCUUGCAGCUCCUGUUUCUAGUAACAGAAGUCCAAAAUUUGACAAUGGACCGAUGGAUUUAUACAAGUCUACAAACCGUUCUGGAAAUAGUCCAAAUUCCAAGACUAACUGUCCACACUCCCCUUUGUCCCAAACAAACAGUAGUGGUAGUUAUCGAAACCACUUGUUACCACAGCAGCAGCAACAACAACAACAGCAACAACCACCACAACCACAACCACCACCACCAUCCCAACAGCAACAGCAGCAAACAUCACAAUCAAGCCCACAAGCCCAGUCAGUCACCCCACCUGCUCCCAGCAACCAACAAAUUCUCUACAGUAAUAAGAUACCUCUGAAGUAUGCAAUAACAGGGGCUCCACAACCAGCUUUGCCUCAGUCACCAUCCCCAUGUGAAAAACCAAGUAAGCCAAUUAGUCGAAGCGUGAGUAGACGAGAUAGCUUCAAACAGCAUAGAUUGUUACAUGUAGAACCAGAGACGGCAAUUGAGACACCCACUUUGCCUACAGAAUCUCCCAAAACUGAUCCCAGUGCAAAUAUAUACUCUCUGCCACCUCCACUUCCAGUAUCACAUACAUCUAACAAGGAAUCAAGGAUGUUGCCAAAGAACAUGGUAUCAAUCCCAUCCAUCAACUACAGCCCACCAUCAUCCAACCAGAACCUUACUUCCACGACAAAUGGCAUUGAUCACGUGGUUGCACCUUGGGCAACAUCAGCAAUUCGACCUGUACCUUUGGACUCUGUCCCUUCCUGGGCAGCAGCUAAUGGCUUGCCUCCUUCAGCUUCUGACAAACUUGGCUCCACCCAGAUGGCAGGGGCAUGGGCAAACAGUGAUACUUCAGUCCAAGAGGCAUGGAACAAAAAUCUUGCUGAUCAAAUUGCAAGCUCAAUGUCUACUAACACUCAAUGGAAAAAUCUGCCCCCUGAUCAUUCAGCUUGGCCAGCAGAUGCCAUCCCAUCUUUAGUUAGCAAUGAUUGCCGUGGUUUCAAUAAUGUGGAGUCUAUUGGUCCUAAGCAUAGUCUACCAGAUAUCUUGCGGGGUGAGCUUCCCUCACAACGACCCAAUGAUGCCAGUUUGUUAAAUGCCCUGCCUACGCCAUCUGCUGUUGCUCCCUCUUCCACUGCUGCAGUGUGUGAUGCAGGGGAGGCUGCUUUCCACACAGAUACUGUCACUUCACAAUCAGUGGACAAGUGUUCUGGAGGCAUAUCUACUGAGCACAAUAUGGAUCCACCCACAAGUCAGUCUCCUGAACAAACCAGUUUGGAAGCCAACCAGCACCAAGCUCAAGCAUCCCCAUCUUCAUCACAACCAUCCGCACAAUCUGCUUCCGUGAUCCAGCAGCAACAACAACUUGCUGUUGGUGGAGUGACCACAGCAGAGUCUGAAGGAGCUAAUAUUAACCAGGAUGCCAAACCAAAAUCGCCCACAAAAAUAUCUCUGAAAAACCAAAAGGAGAUCUUACAUCCAGAACUCGAAAAAAUUCGAACAGAGGCCAACAGGAAUUCAGUUCCAUUCAUCACGGCACUUUUUAAUGACCAUUCGCUUAUGCAAAACAGCACUGGUAGUUUUUGCUCGACAGAUACUGGCACCAUGAAAUCUACGGAUUCCAGACACUCACAGGCCUCAAACCAUGACACUGAUGCCCGAAGAAUUGUAGAAAAGUACUUUACACCUGGUUAUUUUUACACAGCAAAAAAAACACUUGUCUUCCUUCCCUUUUCAUCUCUCUUUCUUUCUCUCAUUCACAAUUUUAACUUGUCUCUGUUUUUCAUCCCUUUUUAUUUUCAAAGUCUUCCUUUUCUUGAAUUUCCAACUUGUUUUUCAUCAAUCUUAAAUUCCUUCUGA